CCCUGGCUCGUGGCCCCGUAGGCCCCUCCCCUUUCCCGCCCCUUUCCCGCUUUCCUCCACCCCCGGCGUGGGUGAUCCUGAGGGUCCGCGCGCUUUGGGGGCAGAAACCCGGAGACUGCUGUCGUCGACGUCGCUCCUGCCGUGUCUUCUGCUGUCGCCCUCGGCCCCCUCAGCUCCCUCUCGGGUUCGUAGCCCUGAGACGGCUCCUCGCGCCGAGUCCCGUGGGGGUGCCGCGAGGCCCCCUCCACCCCUCCCCGGCGUUGGCAAGGCUCGGCCCUGGCCCCGACGCCGCGCGCCUCACGCCUGAGCCGACUGUCUGGACUCGCUCCUCUCUCCUCAGCGCUGUCUUGUCUCCCAGGACUGCUUCUGAGGCGGGGGGCUCGGGCUCCUAUGCUCGCAACGCUCCCGAGCGCCGCGGCCAAGCCAGGGAGUGGUCCCUUGUAGGGGUCGGAGGAGCCUAUCGUGGUCCGUCCCGGCGCCCGACCCUCCCACCGUUCGGCCCACUGGCCCGCUUCUUCCUGAUGCUGACUGCCGUCCACUAGAGGCUGGACAGGACCCCCGAGGUGAUUCAUGGCAGGGGACGUGGAAGGAUUCUGUUCCUCCAUCCAUGACAGCAGUGUCUCUUCUGGGUUCAGAGCACUGUAUGAGGAGGGAUUGCUUCUUGAUGUCACUUUGGUUAUUGAAGACCAUCAGUUCCAGGCCCAUAAAGCCCUCUUGGCCACCCAGAGUGAUUACUUCAGAAUUAUGUUCACAGCAGACAUGAGGGAACGAGAUCAGAACAAAAUUCAUUUGAAAGGUCUAACAGCUACCGGUUUCAGCCAUGUUCUUCAGUUUAUGUAUUAUGGAACUAUAGAACUGAGCAUGAGUACUGUUCAUGAAAUCCUUCAGGCAGCAAUGUAUGUUCAGCUUAUAGAAGUGGUGAAAUUCUGCUGCUCUUUUCUCUUAGCCAAAAUCUGCUUAGAAAAUUGUGCAGAAAUUAUGAGACUGUUAGAUGAUUUUGGUGUUAACAUCGAGGGAGUCAGGGAGAAGCUGGAUGCCUUUCUGCUAGACAACUUUGUGCCACUCAUGACCAGGCCUGACUUUCUGUCCUAUCUGAGCUUUGAGAAGCUCAUGUCUUAUUUGGAUAAUGAUCAUCUGAGCAGGUUUCCAGAAAUAGAGCUGUAUGAGGCUGUGCAGUCUUGGCUUCGACAUGACAGACGACGGUGGCGACAUACUGAUACCAUCAUUCAGAACAUCAGGUUUUGUUUGAUGACUCCAGCCAGCAUUUUUGAGAAGGUUAAAACAUCAGAAUUUUAUAGAUACUCUCGACAGCUGCGCUAUGAAGUUGACCAAGCAUUGACUUACUUCCAGAAUGUUCACCAGCAGCCCUUACUGGACAUGAAAUCAAGCCGUAUUCGUUCUGCCAAACCCCAAACUACAGUAUUCCGAGGAAUGAUUGGGCACAGUAUGGUUAAUAGUAAAAUUCUUCUGUUAAAGAAACCAAGAGUCUGGUGGGAACUGGAGGGCCCCCAAGUACCUCUAAGGCCAGACUGCCUUGCUAUUGUCAAUAACUUUGUAUUCCUGUUAGGUGGAGAAGAACUGGGCCCAGAUGGAGAAUUCCAUGCCUCAUCAAAAGUGUUCAGGUAUGAUCCAAGACAAAAUUCUUGGCUGCGCAUGGCAGACAUGUCUGUACCUCGUUCAGAAUUUGCUGUUGGUGUUAUUGGGAAGUUUAUUUAUGCUGUAGCUGGCAGAACAAGGGAUGAGACUUUCUACUCAACAGAGAGAUAUGAUAUCACUAAUGAUAAGUGGGAAUUUGUAGAUCCUUAUCCAGUUAACAAAUACGGACAUGAGGGGACAGUGCUCAGUAACAAGUUGUUUAUCACUGGAGGAAUAACUUCAUCUUCUACAUCUAAACAAGUGUGUGUGUUUGACCCCAGUAAAGAAGGGACCAUAGAACAGAGGACCAGGAGAACUCAAGUAGUCACCAACUGCUGGGAGAAUAAGAGCAAGAUGAAUUACGCCAGAUGCUUUCACAAGAUGAUCUCUUACAAUGGCAAGCUUUAUGUCUUCGGUGGUGUCUGUGUGAUCUUGAGGGCCUCUUUUGAAUCUCAGGGCUGCCCUUCCACAGAGGUAUACAACCCAGAUACUGAUCAGUGGACCAUCUUGGCGUCCAUGCCGAUUGGUAGAAGUGGCCAUGGUGUGACUGUGCUGGACAAACAGAUAAUGGUCCUUGGGGGCCUUUGUUAUAAUGGCCAUUACAGUGAUUCCAUUCUCACCUUUGACCCAGAUGAAAAUAAGUGGAAGGAGGAUGAGUACCCUCGUAUGCCCUGCAAGCUGGAUGGUUUACAAGUUUGCAACUUACAUUUUCCGGACUAUGUACUGGAUGAGGUUAGACGUUGCAACUGAUGACAGCUUUUUCCCUUAAAAAAAAAAAAAAAAAAGAAAAAAAAAGAAAAAGAAAAGAAAAACAAAAAAACAAAAACAAAAACAAAAAAAAACAGCAACAACAAAAAGGCUAAAAAAAAAAAGCAUUUGUGAUACAGUAGUUUAAAAGCAUAAAGAAAAACCUCACCAGUUUUACUAUCAAAGCCAUUGUUCUAAAAUUGUAAGUUUUUCAUUUUGUGCUAGCAUCUUUUAUUUAUUUUUUUUUGAGUGGCCUCAAACUCAUGCAAUAAGUUCAUUUGAAGCACUAGCUCUUGAAACUACUCCCAAAAGCAGUUUAUACACUGCUUCACUUACCUGGGAAGUUGAUUUUCUGCUUUAAACAUUUCUUUCAGAUGUUAGUGUAGGAUUUGUGCAUCUUCUAAGUGGAGACCCAGUAAGUGUCACUGGAUGUGAUUUUACUCCCUCUUCGUUUGAACUCUUUUUGAACAUUAGUCUGCUAUAUGUUUUGGUUUAUUAUUUAAAAGUUUAAAACUCUUGACCUUUUUGCAUGGCUUUUGCUGAAAAUGCAAAAAUUUAAAUUUUCUACAAAAGUUUUUUAUAUCAGAACACUAUUUCUAAGCUGCCUUCUCUUAUCUGCAUUGUGUUAGUGAAAGCAUACCCAUACUCACAUACAUCCUAUAAAUAUAUAAGGCACAUCCCUUUUAUGUGUGGUUAGGAUUCUAUAUUUUUAAGCUAGUGCACUUGCACACACGGUUCGCUGUACUUGUUGAAAUUUAGAUGUAAUGUCUUUAAUGUAUUAAUAUUUUUAGAAAGUUAAAAUAACUGGAGUCCUCAUUCUGUAUCAAAGUAGUCUAUCUUCAGUCCAUACUAGUUCAGUGAAAUUUGAACUUCUAUUUCUGAAACAUGUAUGGAUUUAUUAAAACUAAUGUUUGACAUUUUGUUUUCAAAACUAAACAUUAAUAUUUCAUAUUGCUGUAUAUUUUUCUUGUUUGAAAGUGUUUUUCUUUGCAGUAUGCUUAAUGUUGUUUGCCCUGUUUUAGUGAGAAUUGGAGUGGUCUGUGUCAAGCUCUGACCCUGCAUCAUGUAAGCACUUUUAAAGAAAAGUUAGGUAAUACCAGAUUCCUAAGUAAACGCCCCUUAAAAGUGCAACUCCUGUUGUUUCUAUUCAGUAAGGCUGCUGGAGGUGUUAAUUGUGGGGCAGCAGUUCUUACACAGUUUGAGCUCAGUUUUGACUUACAGGUAAGAAAUAAGUUAUAAUGUUGCUGGUUAUAUCUGCUUGAUUAGUUUGUACAAAAUAAUUCAGUGGCACUAGAGAGAGAUGUCAACCCUCAGUGUUUUCUUCUGUUUUUUGUUUCUGAAAGCUACUAGCAUGAAGGAUAGUCACCAGAAGGUUUAGAAUGAAUCUCAAAUAGCUGUUUUAAAGGCAUUUGUAAUAAACGGUUUAGGAUUAGCUGCACAUUUCAACUCUUUAAAUGCAAAGGAAGGAAAUAUAGCUGACAGAAUUAAACAAGAGUGAUCUGUGAGUGGAUAAUUCAAACUGAUGCCAUUUUUGUUUCUCAUGAACAGUCUGUAUGUGACUAAAUCUUAACCUGGCAUAGAUUGCCAGAUAUGUGAUUUUUGGUGCAAUAUUGUAAUAAUGCCUUCUAUAUGGCUGCUGUUGUAUAAAACUUUCUGGUUAUUUUGUUUUAUUUUUGCUGCUGGCACCAUUGAACAUAAAAUGGAAGUGUGAAGUCAUGGAAAUGUGACGAUUUUGGUUUAUUUUUCUCCCCUUCCCACCACACUGCAGUUCAUAGUGUGAAGAAAGCCUGAUUUUCAAAACUGUAAAACCAGAGGUGUUUGAGGUUUAGAAAGUGCCAGGUACACAAGUAGCUUUUAAAAAGGAAAACCUUUUUUUUUUUUUUUUCUUUUAGGAAUCAAAGUAGUGGCUUCUUUUAUAUGGUUCUUCAAUUUUCAUUAGGUGGUCUUUCAUUUAUUUAUUUUGGAAAAUAAAGUUUGAUAUUUGAGUUUCCCUUAGAAUGUGGGUAAUUUUUUUUAAGUAAGUUUAUUUUGUUUUUGGAAACUAUAAAUUAGGUUAGCCAUCUAAUUAUUUUUUAAUAUACUUAGAAGUCUAUAUGUGUUGCUUUAAAGAAAAUGUCUUCGUUAUUUUCCUUGAUAUCUUUUGCUGGAAAUGACCAAGGAAAGGACAUCAGACAGGGUACUCAUAUCAAAAACUUUACACUCCAGUAGCAGUUUUCUGUAAUUGCUUGAUACAACUCCAUAGUCCUGUGUAGGUUAACAUCUGCGCAAACAAUUGACUGUUCUUGGUCUUCCAUUUUGAAGAUACAAGGCCAAGGUCAGUGAUUGUUUCAGAAAAUUCAUGAAAUCUUAACUUGAACUGAUUCUGGGUUCAGCUUCACGUAAGUCAUGUCUGACUAUAAUCUUAGCAGUAGUCAGUUUUGAGCUUUAAGACUAGUUACUAUUGCUUGGGUUCUGAAUGUAUCAGGAAACUGUAGUUCUAAUUUAGAUUAUAAAUCCACAAAUAACUUACAUUCCCUUUUAAAAUUAUGGUUUAAUAGCUGCAAUAGAUUUAUUUUUAUUAUACUAAACUAUGGAAAAUUUUUCAGAGUUUUUUUUCAAGCUCUUCUGUGCUUUAUUUGAAACCACUUUGUUAACAUGCAUUAUAUAUGCUGAAGAUUGUCAUUUUGAAAAAAAAAACUCAGUAAGUGGUUUUAAAUUAUAUGGUUUAACUGUUAGGAUCUUUAAAUGUGUCAUCUUCCAGUUCACAUUUUAAAUACUAGACUUCACAAAAAAAGCUGAUUUUCUUUAAUGGCAUUUUAAUGGCACUACUUAUUUUCUUAUAUGUCUUUGACCUUCUAAGUUUUGAUGUUAAAGAAAAUCCUUGCACUCCAGCCUCUUCAUAAAAUACAAGAUUCUCAUGUUGAAGGUUUUGUAUUAGAAGAAAUGCUACUAAAAGGCAAAGCAUUAUAGAAUGAUUAGCUUUUCUUGAUAGCUUUUUCUGUGUUCUCAUUGCCCUGCUCUGUGUGAGUGUUGCUCUAAUUGUGAAAUACUUACUGAGCCCUUCACAUAUCUGUUUUAAAGCAGCACCUUUGGACACCUCAUUCUGGGAAGCUUGCUUGAAUCACAGUAAAGGACAUACACACUUGUGUGGGAAGAAGUGGUAAAAUGGAGAGAUUUGUCUUAAUUACAUGAAACUAAGCUUUAAAAUAUUUUAUAACAAAUUAUUUGAGCUGCAUAAUCUAAACAUGUCUAAUGUUUUGUGGGACUAUUUUUAUAUAUGUAUAUGUGGGUAUAGGUCAUACAUUUCAGUUUAUAAUAUAAAUUGAUAUUUCAGUUUAUAAGCUAUCUCUCAAAAGAGACUAGCUCUCUUGAGAAUACGUAAUUUAAAGUUUUAGACUGGUAAAACAACAUAGACAGUAGUGUAAAUUAGAAAUAAUUGAGGGCUAUACGGCAAUGAAACUGCUAGUGCCAGUUUUCUUGUUUGCCUACAACAUUUUCAGUUUUCUUUUUGUAUUCUGAACAUUUUGAGAGACCAUACAGUUGUUCAGUUACAUUUAGAGUCAGUCGGGGAAUAAAUAUCUUCUAAAAAAAGAGAUUUAUCUUAAAAAUUAAAGUUCUGAAAAAUUAGUUUAUUGAGAGUUUAUUACUUCAAAUAGUCCAUAGGCAUAGACUGGAAUAGAUAAUUUCAUGGAAAUCUCAUCCUUUCACUAUAUCAGUAUAACUCCAAAUAUGUGAGUAACAUUGAAAAGCUAUCAGCUUGUUCCCUCUUAAAAUUCUUGGGUUUUCUUUUGAUGUCUUUGGGAACAACUGCAUUAAAAGUUACUAAUCUAUAUCAGUAAAAGUAUAUCACUAAAGAUUGGGUGUUGUUUAGGAAUGUUCCUAAGAGGUGAUCAGAAAGGUUCUUCUUUUUUUUUUUAAACCUAACUCGUAUAUGCCCUAUACUCUUGGGUAUACUUUGUCUAUAGAAAAAUAUUUUGACCUUUAGGUACCUUUGGGGCCAAUAGUCAAAUAAUCAUAGGGCCGAUAUUAAAAUCUUAGACUAAUUUAAGGUUUGCCUUUUAUACCUGUUUUGAAAGCCUUUACAUUUUUUUGUCAGGUAAUUUUUCCCAAGCCGUGGAUAUAAUCUAUUCAACAUGUUUAUGCUAUCCAUUCUGUUUUUAAAUUGAAAAAGUUAAAAGUGUUUAUGAAGAAAAGUUUAAAUAAAAUAUUUUUAAUCUUUAAAA